AUGGCUUCGUGGAUGCUUUGCACAUUGUCCAAAUAUGUCGACUCUAUAAGCGAGACUCUCUGGCCCAUCAACACUGAGAUCCACGAUAACCCGGAGCUUCAAUAUGAAGAGGUCAGGGCUCAUGACCUCCUGACCUCGUUCCUCGAGUCUCAGGACGGCUGGAACGUGACGCGGUCUGCAUAUAAUAUUAGCACAGCUUUCACCGCUGUAUUCCAAGGCAACGGCGACGGCCCGGUUGUUUCAUUCAAUGCCGAAUACGAUGCAUUGACCGGACUGGGACAUGCUUGCGGGCACAAUCUGAUCGCCAUGGCGUCGCUCUCUGGAGCACUUGCCACUGCUGAAAUCAUGCGCACUGAGAAGCUAGCCGGAACAGUUAUUCUCUUCGGCACUCCGGCAGAAGAAGGCGGAGGCGGCAAAAUCAAGCUGAACGACGCUGGCGCUUACCGAGACCACAAGAUUGACAUCAGUCUCAUCUCGCACCCAGGCGUCGGCGGCGACUCCCCCUACAUGUCCACCACGUCAACAGACAGGUUUGAAGUGGAAUAUUACGGCAAGGCGGCUCACGCCGCAGCUGCACCCUGGGAAGGGGUGAACGCCCAAGACGCACUGAUCCUCGCCUACAACGCGCUGUCGAUGCUGCGCCAGCAGACCCGCUCCACUGACAUCAUCCAAGGCUUCAUCAGCUCCGCCGGCACGCGGACCAACGUCAUCCCCGACCUGUCGGCGGCCUCGUUUGCCGUCCGGGCCGUGGACGAUGACAACCUGCACAACCUCACCAAGCGCGUGCACGCGUGCUUCGAGGCGGGCGCGCUGGCCACCGGCGCGAAGCUCAACCUGACCAUGAGGCCGUACGGCUACUCCAACAUGGUCACGAACGAUGCCCUCGCGGACUCGUACGCCGCGUGGUUCAUCGGCCUGGGACACGGCGAUGACCUGAUCCCCACCGAGAUCGCGAAGAAUACACAGGGCAGCGCCAGUACCGACCAGGGCAACCUCAGCCACGACUUCCCGUCCAUCAGCGCCGGGUUUGGGAUCACCAACGAGGACGGCAGUGUCCCGGAGACUGGGCCUCACACUGCGGCGUUUGAGGUGGCCGCGGGUAGCCGGCCGGCUUUUGACAAGUCUCUUUUGGUUGGCAAGGGUCUUGCGGGGGUUGCCCUGGAUGUGUUGACUGUUGAUGGGUUGAUUGACAAGGUUAAGGAGGAGUUUGGUGCUUUGAAGAAGGUGCCACGCGCGCGAAGGAGCAUACGUACAUAA